CACAUGACGCCUUCGUGUGGGCCAACUCUGAGCUGAAACAGCGGUUUCAGGAAGGGGAGUUUGGGGACUUCCUGCUUGUUGGUGACAGUGGGUAUCCCCUUGAGCCCCAUCUCAUGGUGCCAGUGAGCAACCCCUCCACUGAAGCGGAGAACCGCUACAACAGGGGGCAUGCCCAAACGAGGGUGAUUGUUGAGCAGACGAUUGGGAUGUUGAAGAGUCGCUUUAGGUGUCUGCACUCUUCUGGGGGAACACUGCAAUAUGCACCCAUCAAGUGUGCAAAAAUUGCAAAUUCAUGCAUGCUACUGCACAAUCGCUGCAUCAAGCGUCGUAUUCCUAUUCCUUCUGAUCUUCCACCAGUAGACAACGAGGAAGUGCCCCAGGCUGCCGUCAUCCGUGCUGUGCAGAGAGGGCAGCGAGGACUUGGCAGAGCUGUGCAGCAGGAGAUUAUACAGCAUUUUUACCAGCCAUGAAGUAAGACAGGCAGACAGCACUGGCAUGUGUUAUUGAGUAUAUAAGGAUUGAAAGAAUGCCUUUCCAUGUCUCAGUACAUGUAAAAUUAUAUAAGUGCAGGAUUUUAAUAUCAAGAAGAAUUCGCUGGCAAAUGUUAGGUUAGAGUAAUACAAAUCUAUACCAAAAAGGAGUGUAUAUAUUAUGGUAACAGUAUCACUUAAAUAUUACACUGACACAAUACUAUAACUACCAAAUUAACAAUAUCCUGAAUCACAGCACCAAGAAAAUGCACAAUAUGGCAUUACCCUGUAAAUAUCACAGUAACACUGUCAUGAAUCACAGCACGCA